AUGUUGGUCCCUAAGACAAAUCGUAUUGCAGUAUAUUCGUAUCUGUUCAAGGAAGGUGUAAUGGUUGCAAAGAAGGACUUUUCACUUCCCAAGCAUGAGGCUGUGGAUGUACCAAACCUUCAAGUCAUUAAACUCAUGCAGUCGCUCAAGUCUCGUGGCUAUGUUAAGGAGACAUUUAACUGGCAGUGGUUUUACUGGUAUCUUACGAACGAGGGUAUUGAAUACCUGCGUUCAUACCUGCAUUUACCUGCGGAAAUUGUGCCGGCUACGCUCAAGAAACAGGCUGCUCGCCCGACGCGCCCACAGGCCCCGUCUAGUGGCGGCUUUGGCCGUGGUGGACGCUUUGACAAGGAAAAGGGUGUUGGUCCCUCGGGUGACUUCAACCCGGAGUUCCGUCGUGGUGGUCAGGAUGGCUACCGUCGCGAGGCUUCUAACUAA